UGAGGCGCUGAGAAACGGUGAGACUGCCGGACCGUCGUGGAAAGGAAAGAGGUUUUAACUUACUUUUGCUUUCUAUUUGUAUGAAUUAAGGUCUCACUUAGACAGAAAAAUACAUAAUGUGACCAACAAUAACGAGGAAAGUGCAGCUGAAAUUGUAUUUUUUCGAGAUUUGUGAAGGAAGAACAGAAGUGGCAGCGAAGACUUCAAAGAAAUCAAGUGCCCCAUGCCGCAGCUGGAGGACCGUUGCUGGAGCUGCUCUUGUUCCCCCGGCAUGAAGUCGAAAGGUUUCCCGCCGGCCUCCAGAGCCCGGGAGGCGAUGUCCGCCGUGGCCGGGGCUGUGAGCCAGGCUCUCGGCUCUCUCCGCCGGCUCCACUCCGCCGGCCUGGUUCGCCGUGGAGUGGUGCUGUUCACCGUCGGCGUUUUCCUCGCCCUGGUGCUUUACUUACUGCAGAUAAAGAGAAACGUGGUGCUGUUUCCCGAAGAGGUGCUGGACACCCUGCUGUCAUCCUCCUGGUGGAUCCCGCUGAGCUGUGGCACGGCUGCUGCUGUGGUCGGCCUCUUAUAUCCAUGCUUGGACAGCCAUCUUGGAGAACCACACAAGUUCAAGAGGGAAUGGGCCAGUGUGAUGCGCUGCAUCGCCGUGUUUGUGGGCAUCAACCACGCCAGUGCUAAACUGGACUUUGCCAAUAACAUGCAGCUUUCUCUGACGCUGGCCGCUCUGUCCCUGGGGCUGUGGUGGACGUUUGACCGGUCGAGGAGCGGCUUCGGCCUGGGACUGACCACCGCUCUUCUGGCCACGCUCAUCGCCCAGCUGUUGGUCUACAACGGCAUCUAUCAGUACACGUCUCCGGAGGUUCGCUCCGUUCGCUCCUGGCUGCCCUGCAUCUUCUUCUCCGGGGGAGUGACAGUGGGCAACAUCGGACGGCAGCUGGCGAUGGGUUCGGCUGAGAAGCCUCACAGCGAUUAGAGAGUCCGACGAACGGCAACUCGGACAUCUCGCCAACUUUGGACCCUCAGUGUCGAGCGCUCAGAGAGGAACGAGGCGCUUCUGUCGAACUUUCACUCUCACGUUCGCUUCUCGAGAAAGAGGACGGACCGAGUGGACAGUGUGCCAAGUGGACAGCACCUCCAAAACGGACAAAAAAAAAAGAAAAAAAAAACAACCCUGGCCUUCAUCACCACUCUCACCACCUUCAUCAUCCUCCUCACUCGUCCCUGCACUGUCAGUGCUGGUGUUGCUUGUUGCGCUGUGGCCAGAGUGGGACACUAUGUAGCGCAGAUUGAACUGAAUUCAGGAGUGAAUUUGCCUGAAUGUUUGAGUGAGUGCUGGCGAUUCGGGGUAGGGAUGCACCGAUAUGGGAAUUCUGGGAUUUUUUCUAGGAAAUAUGUCUUUUUUUUGAUGCUGACGCGCACAUUUAGAGAACAGGAUCCACGAGAAAAUGGGAUCCACCUGGAUUAGCAUUAGUGAGAGAUGUAGCACUAAUUAGCAGAGGGUCACAAAUGCAGUACGUUUAAAGAGCCCAUAUCAGGGAAAAGCGCGUUUUUCUUGGUUACAGUACGUUUUCAGUCCAUACAGUGCAUUUACAGAAAAUAAGCUGGAAACACAGCCUGUUUCGAGUGCAUGUUUUUGUGACGUCACAACGCUUUUACAUAUAUAUGCCUAUUCGGCCUACAGCUUAGCUCCGCCCAUUCAUGUCGAAGUUAUAAGGAGUGUGUUUCAACCUGCUUUUUGAGUACAGGGCAAUCAGAACAGGCCUCAUUUACAUAUCAGUUUUAAAGGAAGUGACAGAAAUAGACUCUUCAACCUCUUUAACUUCCAAAAAGCUCUUCAUCAUAUUCUUCAUAAUUUUCAUAUUUCAUAAGCUACAUUCAUAUGAGAGCUGUAACUGUCUUCUUUCCAGUCAAAUAGAUGGGUGAUGUAAUUUUAAACCCUUAUAAUAAAAGAAGCUGAACUCACAUUUUUUUUCUACUGAAAGUCGACCCAUUUUUCCACAAUCUGAGCUUCAAACUGGAUCUCAGACGGCGUCUCUUCAGUGAUCUGCACUGUAAAAAAAAUAUUUUUAUAAAAAAAUACUUGGAGCGCCUAAGAUUUUCGGCUUUCGACAGUAAAUUGUAAGCAUAUAGCUUUAUGUUUAUCAUCAUAAAACACUUUUUCUGCUAAUUUGAGGGGAACUUUUACAAAUAAACCCCAAAAAUAUACAUUUAUUUCAUGCAGUUACUGAAAAAUUUGCCUUAUGAUUUGGGCACGAAAAUAUACCUACGAGCAUAAGAGGUUAAUUUAAAUAUUCUACACUUUGAUUGGGUUUAUAUAAACAGAACCUGUUACUGCGCCUUUAAGACUGAUGUAUGCAAAUGAGCUCCGUCUGAUUGGCUGUGCCCCAAACAGCAAUCCCAGCUGAAACACUCCUAACUUCUUAGUGAGUGGGCGGAGCUAAACUGCUGUAGCCUAAGCGGAUGUGUGUAUAAAUGUGUUGUUUUUUUGUGACAUCGCAAAAACAAAGAAUUUAAAAAGGAGCUGCUUAGUUUUUUCAUGUGUUUUGAAAGUUUUACAGUGUUUACAUACGACAUCAAACAGUUCUCUUAAAAAAACCCCACUGAUUUUCAGUGAUAUGGGCUCUUUAAUGGAUAAAGAGAGGCUGUGUAUAAAAGAAUCGCAGCAGUUUCUGAGUCAUGAACCCACGUCGUGUGUGGACGCCCGGGUGAAACAGUAGGAUGGAGACCCUUUAACAGAAAACUGACAUUCUCCUCUGUCAGAUAUCAGCCAAAUGGACAGUAUAUGCGAUAGAUUUUUUUGAAACGAUUACUAGCCAGUACCGAAAUGAUUCCGAUAUCAUCGUGCAUCCCUAGCGUCCAGGUCUGAGCGCCUCAGACCAGACGAGGUGGUGUGAUUCUUUAUUUCUGUUUUCUUGUUUUGCUAAAUGAAAGGGAAAGACGUUUCAAGGCUGCGUGGAAAUGUCCACCAUCCAAAGAGGAGAGAGAGGUACCACACGGAGUAUUAGCUAAUUAGCUGGAGAACCAACACGGCUGGUUCUCCUGCUUGCCAACGAGGCAGGAAGACGUGUACACUCAGUGUUGGUGUAGCGAUAUUAGUCAUUUGAAAUAUUAUGUAUAAUGUCAGGUUCUCAUAAGCAAAGCAGGCCUAAAGCCAGAAACAUACGCAUUGCAAGCACACGGCCCUGACCCUGCGUUCACACCAUCAACGCGGCCAGAGUUCGUUUAUUUUCAACGAGAGCUGCCGAUUUCCGCCGACAGGAGGCAGCGCGAACAUCUGCGACACAAAGUAGGCGGAGUCAAUGAUGCCACAAAGUAGAGCGGAGUUUAACUUCAUGCAAAUAAGGAGCGAAGUGACGUGGCUAUCACCAAUAGGAACUGAGCAUUGAGCCAGAGAUCUUGUAAAGAGGAGAAUUCCCACUCUGUAAUGUCUUCUGGGGUUCUCAAACACUAGAGGGCGCUCCCGAGCAAGUCCAAAAUGAAUGGGUUAAGAUUCCUACUAGAGAUGGAAUAAUGGAGGCGCCAUGAAUAGGCAGAAAUCGCAAAGACCAAAUACUGCUUUCCUCACAAACUGCCUGCACAGACAGUGAUUAAAUACAAAUAAGCACACAAGUGAUUUCUAAUUUUAAUUUUAGCGGGAAAACGCAUCUGAUUUGUGUCGAACCAUGGCAACCAACGGUCGCUCGAGUUCAGAAACACCCUCAGGCGAUGAGCGAUCAGCGAUUUGGACGACAAGAGGCGAAAAGUCGCUGCUGGUGGGAAUGCAGGGUUACUGUGGCGGUUUAAACACUCAGUACUCAAGGGGGCGCUAGAGGACAAAUCAGAGAGGGACCUACUGUUAAUCCAACAGCUAAAGUGGACGGUGGAAGACACGAUCUGCUUUACCAGCUCUGCUGGAAUGGAAAUGCGAUAAUGUAUCACAUACGUUUAUGUAAGCAUUUUUGUGCGAUAUGGCUUGGCUGUCGUCACAGCGCCCCCUGGCUGUAACACUUGGAAUUAGCUCACACUGGCAUUGCGUUAUGAUUCACAUCAUGACACAUUUUUGAACACAGCCGUGUCUGCGCUCGCGUGCUUGCGUGAAGUAUGUUACUGGCCCAGGUCUGGAACUCCACUGGCACUGGGAAAGAGAUGGUUUAUCCAAAACCUACCAGUUAUUAAACCUGAUCUACGAACAGCUUCUGUUAGCCACAUUAGCGUGUUUGUAUGAGCCGUCUCUAGUCCACGUGUGUCAGGAUCGAGUCCUCGUGGUCCAAAGCACUGCAGACUUCAGCUCACUGCCUCAUUAAACACACCUGAUUCAGCCCAUCAGCUAAUUAGGCCUUUAUGAGCUGAUUUCAGAUUGUUGGACAAGGUAGACGCUGAUCUCCACUGCACUUUGGCCCAGAAACCAGAUGCCUGCUUAAAUCCAUUGAUGGAAAAUUGUCAUACAGGCCCAUUUACAUUGAAGGGGAAUUCCACCAAUAUUUCUAAAAUUCCUGCAUAACUCAGUGUGUGAGAUGUAAACAGAGUGAUUCAGAGAGGUUUGGUCUGAAAUGGUUCAGAUGUCUUUACAGUGGUGGUGAUAGGAACCAGGGGUCGCCAUGACUACAACACAAAUAUAGACAUUUUAUUUACUAUCCAGAACCACCAGUGAACCUACACGAGUCUUCUGAGUUUAUAUGGAAAAUAGUGGAAAUCUGAAAUAAUAAGAUUUAUUGGGGACUAUUUUGCCUCACAGCGCCCUGCAUGUAUCCCUCCACCAUGAAUGGAGUGUGAGUUCUCAUCAUGUAAUGACUUUCAAUGAGGGAGCUUUUAGAGGUGGGACAAUUCCGACCACUCUGAAUGACCCUGUUUACAUCUGAACCAUUUAAUUAUGCAGAAAUGUUGAUAAAAAUUCAUGUAAUUCCAGUCUAACGCUUCGGUUUAGCCCGAGGCAGCAGCGUGAAGUAUUAAAGAGUCAAAGCUGGAUGAAGAAUGGAGGACAUUUUUGCGGCGGCCUUGAAGAUUUGCAAUCUGUGAUUGCCUUUGUGUUUUACAGCCGAGUGCUUUUUCCACUGUUGCGGACUCUUGUUUUUGUACUUUAUUCCUCGUGCAUUGCUUCCCACGUAUAAUCCACUCUUCACCUGAUCACAGAGGCGUUCUGCGCGCGAUACGGAUCGGAUGUUGGGGACUUUUGAGCAAAGAUUUAAGUGCAAUCAGUUACUAUGAGCCUGAUGUACCUUCAUAUUUAUUAUUAUUAUUUUUUUUCCUGGUGUAAAAACGUGACGGAUUCCUCCGGAUCAUUAUGCAGUAUGAAGAAACCAAGCGAGCAAUAACUCUGGAGUUUCGACUGAGUGUUCAGUUCAGCGUGUAGAGCUCUAAUCCACCUCUGCUGAUGAAGGAGUCGAACACAGAAGUGAUUCUGUUGAUGCCAGUGACCACUUCCGCUGUCCCUGCUCAUCAUGGUCUCAGUGUCAGUGAAACGGGACGGGCUGGGCUUCUGAAACCGGGCGGCUCGUGUGAUGUUCGGGCCGGUGCUGAAGAGCGAGGGGAGCCUUCGGUUCAGCCCAUCGAAACGAGGGUGAAGCUCACGCCGGACUCUGUGGACGAGCUCCAGUUCAGGGAAUGUAGACGAUGUAAAAAUGAACGAAAGCUUUAUUUUUGUGGAGGAUCGAGGUGUUUUUGACUAAAGAGAGAGAGAGAGUGUGUGUGUGUGUGUGUGUGUGUGUGUGUGUGUGUGUGUGCGUGUGUGCGUGUGUGUGUGUGUGUGUGUGUGUGCGUGUGUGUGUGUGUGUGUGUGUGUGUGUGUGUGUGUGUGUGUGUGUCUUCACCAUUUCAGUUGUAUUAUUUCUACUUUCCUGUUUCAGUGAGAAGUAAAGAUGAUGAAAAGUGA